GAGCACAGACCUGCGUACUGCAGAGAGGCUGAAGGAGCGGACUAAAGGGGGCGAGGCAACAGUAGUGCCUGUGUUGUUUGGCGGGCACAUCAUCUCGACCCGACCGACCGACAGACAGCGGACCUCCUGCAUCUUCACCCGCAUCCCCGCCGCUGCACUUCACCUGCACCCACUGCCAAAAACAGUCGCCGACACCAUGAUGUGCUGAGCUCCGUCGGGCCGGGACUGUUUUCCUCACAGAGCGCUCGUUGGGUCUCCAACUAAAUCGCGGCUUUCGACUCAUUUUGUCAAGGAUAAUAAUGAUGAGGCGUGACCGCGACAGGGACCGAGAUCGUGAUGAACGGUCAAGGGACAGGGACCGGGACCGGGACAGAGACCGCGAUAAGGACAGGGAGCGAGACGUCAAGCCCCUGGGGAUGUCCCUCAACCCGGCUGCAGGCGGCGGGGGCUUCCUGAAGCAAACUCCUGUGCAUCAGCAGAUCAACCCCUUCACGAGCCUUCCCCACACACCGCGCUACUACGAGAUCCUCAAGAAACGGCUGCAGCUGCCCGUCUGGGAGUACAAAGAGAACUUCAAUGACAUCCUGGCACGCAACCAGAGCUUUGUGCUGGUGGGAGAGACAGGCUCUGGGAAGACCACGCAGAUCCCCCAGUGGUGUGUGGACAUGGUACGAGCAGUGCCAGGACCCAAGAGAGCAGUGGCCUGCACACAGCCCAGGAGGGUGGCAGCCAUGAGUGUGGCCCAAAGGGUGGCUGAUGAGAUGGAUGUCAUGCUGGGCCAAGAAGUGGGCUACUCCAUCAGGUUUGAGGACUGCAGCUCUGCCAAGACUGUGCUCAAGUACAUGACAGAUGGAAUGCUGCUGCGCGAGGCCAUGAACGACCCCCUGCUGGAGCGCUACGGCGUCAUCAUCCUGGAUGAGGCCCACGAGCGCACGUUAGCCACCGACAUCCUCAUGGGCGUCCUUAAGGAGGUGGUCCGCCAGAGGCCUGACCUCAAGGUCAUUGUCAUGAGUGCCACACUGGAUGCCGGUAAGUUCCAGGUCUAUUUCGAUAGCUGCCCACUGCUGACCAUCCCUGGGCGCACGCACCCUGUGGAGAUUUUCUACACGCCGGAGCCAGAAAGGGACUACCUGGAAGCGGCCAUCCGCACCGUCAUCCAGAUCCACAUGUGUGAGGAGGAUGAGGGGGAUGUUCUGCUCUUCCUUACCGGACAAGAGGAAAUUGACGAGGCCUGCAAGCGAAUCAAGAGGGAGAUUGACGACCUGGGCCCCGAAGUCGGCGACAUCAAAAUCAUCCCAUUGUACUCAACACUGCCCCCGCAGCAGCAGCAAAGGAUCUUCGAGCCACCCCCACCCCAUAAACCAAACGGUGCCAUCGGAAGGAAGGUCGUGGUGUCAACAAACAUCGCUGAGACGUCCCUGACCAUUGAUGGUGUGGUGUUUGUAAUUGAUCCCGGAUUUGCCAAGCAAAAGGUUUAUAACCCACGCAUUAGAGUGGAAUCACUUUUGGUGACAGCCAUCAGCAAAGCCUCAGCCCAGCAGAGGGCAGGUCGUGCUGGGAGGACACGCCCAGGGAAGUGCUUCCGCCUUUAUACGGAGAAGGCUUACAAGACGGAAAUGCAGGACAACACGUAUCCAGAAAUCCUGAGGUCUAAUCUGGGCUCAGUGGUGCUGCAGCUGAAGAAACUGGGCAUUGACGACCUGGUACACUUCGACUUCAUGGAUCCACCAGCCCCAGAGACCUUGAUGCGGGCGUUGGAGUUGCUGAACUACCUGGCGGCGCUCAACGACGAUGGUGACCUGACGGAGCUGGGCUCAAUGAUGGCAGAGUUUCCCCUCGACCCCCAGCUGGCCAAGAUGGUGAUCGCCAGUUGCGAGUUCAACUGUUCGAACGAGAUCCUCUCCAUCACCGCUAUGCUGUCAGUCCCACAGUGCUUCGUCCGGCCCACGGAGGCUAAGAAGGCGGCCGACGAGUCCAAGAUGCGCUUUGCCCACAUCGAUGGAGACCACAUGACACUGCUUAACGUCUAUCAUGCCUUCAAACAAAACCACGAGUCCACUCAGUGGUGCUAUGACAACUUCGUCAAUUACCGCUCGCUGAUGUCAGCAGACAAUGUGCGGCAGCAGCUGUCCAGGAUCAUGGACCGCUUCAACCUGCCGCGGAGGAGUACAGAGUUCAGCAGCAGAGACUAUUACAUCAACAUCCGCCGGGCGCUGGUCACUGGCUUCUUCAUGCAGAUCGCCCACCUGGAGCGUACCGGCCACUACCUGACGGUGAAGGACAACCAGGUGGUACAGCUGCACCCCUCCACUGUGCUGGACCACAAGCCUGAGUGGGUGCUCUACAACGAGUUUGUGCUCACCACCAAGAAUUACAUCCGCACGUGCACUGACAUCAAACCAGAGUGGCUGGUGAAGAUCGCCCCCCAGUACUACGAGAUGAGUAACUUCCCCCAGUGUGAAGCAAAGAGGCAGCUGGAGCGCAUCAUCGCAAAACUUUCAACCAAGGAAUACUCUCAGUACUAAAAAGUUAGCAUGUAUUGCAACGGUAUCCUCAGUAUCUGUACAGAGUUGAAUCUGAACUCUUCAUCUGAGCACUCUUUAUUAUUUUGUAUUUCCAACAACCUCAUUUUGAAUUCUAUUUUUGUCUCACUGCGUGUAAUGUAUUAUUUCAUAAUGAUCAAUGAAUUUUGCAUUUCCUGUCACCUUCGAGGGCCACCUCUUGUCGUUUUGUGAAACUAAGAGGGUUAAGCACUACUGGAAAUGAAUUUCAAAUGACCAGUCAGGAGUUCAGCCACUGACCAUCUCUUUUUUUUUAACGCAUGACCUCUCAUGUAGACAUCAACAUUCCUCUGAAACCUCGUGAAAAUGUUAAUAUGCUAAAUGAAGAGCAAACAUCCAUUAACAUACGUCAUCAGCUUUGCUGGAUUCUUACCUGUUGUUUUGCUUCUAUUGCUGAAAGGUAUUAGUCUAUGGGGAGGGGGUUUGAUCAGAUGAAAUUCUUAUUGUAUUUUGAUGCAGGCAUAAUGAAUGUUCUUGUGUCAAGAAGAUAUUAAGAGGAACACACUGGUUGGUCACAUUUCCUGUCAACUGUUCAAAUUAAUAAAAUCUGCCUUUGUAAUAAA